GCCUGAUUUAGAAUUGUGUUUACAGUUUUAACCAUGGCCAUAAGAUACUCAUGUACGUCCUCGAUGAUACUUAGGUUGGUAAUAUACUGUUUAAAAUACGAUAAAAAUGUAAAUUAACUUAAACCAAAAUGUCUGUAACUGACAGUGUGCUUGACUGCUUAAAAUCGAACUAAUGUUCUGGACCUUUUGUAAGAGGAUCUAAUUAAGGACUAAAAUCUAAUCCAAACUUUAUUUUACCUUCAUACCCUCCACCACAUUCCGAAAUUACAAUCUAAAGCCAUUGUCUUAAAUUGUCCAACUUCGCUCCCAACCUCUUUCUCUGAUUCAUCAUCAUCAUAUAUAUACAUAAACAUACAUACACAAAUGAUAUAUACACAGACCUAUAUACAUAUGCUCUACAUAAGGCCUUUACAAUUGCGUUGAAGCUUACGCAGUCUCACAUUAAAGCAACAACCUUUCUCUCUCUCUGAUUCUCUUGUCUGAGAAAUCUCAGUUUCAGAGCUUCAGGUUCUUUAUUCUUCGUCGUCUUCUUCUUCUUCAAAUCUGCAUGCUCGAUCUAGACGAUGAAUGUGCGUCGGAGUUUUGUGAUCGGAGAUUAAAAGCUUUAAACCUUUCGGAGUGAUCGCAGAGAGAGAGAGAGAGAAAAACAAUGCGGGUGAAGGAGCUGCAUCCUCUCUGCUGCAUCACUCUGGAGAGUCCACAUGGGAUUGAUGAUAAUAACAGGCCGCCGGUGACGAAUUUUACUAGGUCGAGGAGUCUACCGGCGACGUCGUUAGCCGGUGGAUCCAACCGGAGGAAAGUGACAUCGGUUGGAUCGGAGUCGGUGGCUGGGAUCUUACACAAGUGGACCAACUUCGGCAAAGGAUGGAGAUCUAGAUGGUUCCUCCUCCGCAACGGAAUCUUGUCUUACUCCAAGAUCCGGCGACCGGAGAACUUGAAUCUUCUCUCUUCUUCGGAAGAUGUGAGGCUCAUUGGAGAUGUCUCCGCCGGUCGUCUCUCGAGGAUGGAUAGUUCCAGUGGUCGCCGGAAACCAAAGAAAACCGUCGGCAUUGUUCAUCUCAAGGUUCUUGAUUUGAUUCUUGAUUUUCAAAAGCAGGUUUCUUCUUUCAGAGAAAGCAAGUCUGAAGAUAGAAAGUUCUAUAUAUUCACAGCUACUAAGACUCUUCAUCUGAGGACUGAUUCUAUAAGUGAUAGAGCAGCUUGGUUACGAGCUUUAGCAUCUACAAAAUGCAUUUUCCCUCUCCGGUCACUUAAUGGUGAUUUCUCCUUCACCUCACCAAAGGAUUUGUUCAUAUCAACCGAGAGACUAAAGAAACGGUUUCACGAAGAGGGAAUAAACGAUAAUCUUGUAAAAGAGUGCGAGCAGAUCAUGCUCUCAGAGUUUUCUGAAAUGCAUGAACAAGUCAAACUUCUACAUGAAGAACGGACCAAUUUGUUUGAUGCAUUGAGACAGCUAGAGACAGCUAAUCUUGAAGCUGAAGCAUCAGGGAACGAUGACAAUGGCUACCAAUUAACUAAGCAUGCAUUUUCAAGCCUAGGACGUGGAAAAUAUAGUGAAUGCAGCACAACUGCUUCAUCUGAUGAUAAACAAGAGUUUGAGGAUGUGUCCGAGGAAGAUGAGCCUUCCUUCCAUGACACAAAGGAGUACUUUAAUGAACCUAAUGUUGGUUCUGGAUCCAAUGGAUACACUGAUAUAAAGAGAAGAACAAAACUUCCUGAUCCAGCUGAAAAAGAGAAAGGUGUCAGUCUUUGGUCUAUGAUCAAAGACAACGUUGGAAAAGAUCUCACCCGAGUUUGCCUCCCUGUGUAUUUCAAUGAACCAAUAUCGUCCCUUCAAAAGUGCUUUGAGGACUUGGAGUACUCGUAUCUUCUUGACCGAGCAUAUGAACAUGGAAAAUCUGGGAACGGUCUCUUAAGAGCUUUAAACGUUGCGGCUUUUGCUGUCUCUGGAUAUGCUUCCACUGAAGGCCGUCACUGUAAGCCAUUCAACCCUUUGCUUGGAGAAACCUAUGAAGCUGACUUUCCUGAAAAGGGGAUUCGUUUCUUCUCUGAAAAGGUCAGCCACCAUCCAACAGUUAUCGCCUGCCACUGUGAAGGUAAAGGGUGGAAGUUCUGGGGUGACACUAACCUCAAGUCAAAGUUUUGGGGGAGAUCUAUUCAAGUUGAACCUGUAGGAGUUUUGACUCUUGAGUUUGAUGAUGGAGAAGUAUUUCAAUGGAGCAAGGUAACAUCAACUAUAUACAAUAUCAUACUAGGUAAACUAUACUGUGAUCAUCAUGGUGUGAUGCAAAUCCGUGGGAACCGCCAAUAUUCUUGUACCCUCAAGUUUAAGGAGCAAUCCAUUCUUGAGAGGAAUCCUCAUCAGGUAAAUGGUUAUGUAGAAGACGUGUCUGCCAAGAAAGCUGCAACGGUGUUUGGUAAAUGGGAUGAUAGCCUUUACUAUGUUGCUGGUGAUGGAGUCAGCAAGACGAAAGUCAGUGAUCCCGCAUCAAAUGCCUUGUUACUAUGGAGAAGGACCAAACCACCGCCUAAUGUAACUAGAUACAACUUAACCUCAUUUGCCAUUACCAUGAACGAGUUAACACCUGGUUUGGAGGAGAUGCUUCCUCCCACAGACUCUAGGCUCAGGCCAGAUCAACGGCAUCUAGAGAAUGGUGAAUAUGAGAAGGCGAACUUAGAGAAACAACGGUUAGAAAGAAGGCAAAGAAUGUCACGGCAACUUCAGGAAAGCGGGUGGAGACCGAGAUGGUUCGAGAAACAAGGAGAAAGUGAAACUUUCAAGUACACAGGAGGUUACUGGGAAGCACGAGGACGCAGGACUUGGUAUGAUUGUCCCGACAUCUUCGGUGAGUUCACAGAAGAGCAGCUAGCUGAUUCUGCUUAAAAAGAAACCUUCUAAGCUUCAUUUCCAGGUGUUGUUGGCACACGACAGAGCCUAAGGAGCUGAUUAACUCUCAGAUUCACAGUGAUGCCAAGUAUGCCAAGAUUGAUACUAGCGGCAUCGCAGGCACAUACAGACGCCCGAGGAGGAUCGAGCUGAUCUAGGAUAGUACAACAUGGCCCAACAUUUCUGGUGUUGAGGAUAACGCCAAUGCGAAGAAUUCUGAUGCAACCCCGGAUCUGGAGCAAAGUAAGAGGACACACCGGAGGUUGGCCCAAUGGAGGUUGUGCCGAGGCAAAGCCGAAUAAGACGAGGGUGAGGUAAAGAGGUAUAAUUCUCGUCAUAUUCUUUGAAGCCAUAUUGUGAAAUGCUAGGACUAAGGAGUGUGAGUUACGUGUAUCAAUGGAGAGGGUAUAUUUAUAGUGUUUAGAAGUUUUGGUUAUUUACCAUAGAAUAUUACUAAGAGGUCCCUAACAAAGGCUAAGUAUUAUUAAAAUUUUAGAUUAUAUGUUCUUUAGUUUAAGGGUUUUUAUAUACUUAGCUAAAUCCAGUUUUAUUAGUUUAUGAACUAUAAAUUUUAUUUUAAAUAUUUUUAUCUGAAUCAUUUAUUUAUUUAAUCAUAUAAUUCUAUUAAAAUAUAAUAUUAUUGAGACCUAGAUUAUUUGUAAUUUUUUUCCAUAAAAUACAACUCUCAAAAUACCAUAGAUAUCUACAAGAUUAUGAAAGUUUUUGUAACUAUACCCAAAAUUCUAUUAAAAAAAUAUCUCAAGUAUUAAAACAAACAAAAAAUCCAAUCAUCACUAAAUCUCUUAUGGAAUAGCGGAAUUGUGAAAAAUACAAAUUGAUAAAAAUAUAAUAAAUAAGAAAAACAUGAUUGAAGUAAAUAUAUGAGAUUUGGUUUCAUAUUUUUCUCUUUUUGUAUUAGUCUUAUAAUCAGAUAGAAGAUACAUAAAAUCAACUAAAAGUUGCAAACUUAUUUUUGUUGUAACUACGAAUAAAUGAGAAAAUUUCUCAAAAUUAACCAAGCUAUUUACAUAUAAUCACACUUGUAGCUUGCCUAGGUUGCAACUUGAGCGUUCCAAAGGAAAGUUUGGCAACUAAAUUUAAUGGUAUGAAAGAACUUUUCGUCGAAGUCCCCUUAAGCGCUAUAAGAAAGUUGACAUCUCGUAGUAGAUUAGAUAUUAGUAUACUAAAAGUUUUUCUGCGUUGUGCACAUAACUAAAAAAAUUUAAAUAUAUUUUAUUUUAAUUUAAAAAUAUUUGAUUUAAAUUUGAAUAUUAUUAUUUUUCUAUCUUAAUUUUAUUGACGUGGAGAAAAUAAAAUAACAAAUGUAAUUAAAUAUUGUUUUAGUUUUAUAUUUGUAAGACACACUUACAAAUAAUGUUGCUUAUAUAUAUAUAUAUAUUUUUUUUAGAAAUAUAAAUAAAAAAUAAUUGUUACUAUAUUUCAAAAUUUUUGACAAAAAUAAAUGUUUUACAGAAAAAUUACAUUCAUGGUUUUGAUGUAGAAGUUAUUUGUUAUUAUCUUAUUUAAAAAAAUAUUGCCAAAAAAUAGACAUUUAUAAAAUAAAUUAUAUAUAUCAUAAUUAAGUGAUGGCAUGUCAUAAAUAACUAAAGCUAUGUCAUAUUUUCUUAGUGACAUGUCAUUUUUUUACUGAGAACAUGUUAAAAUCACUUUUCAAAUAACGUAUAGUGGAUAACUAUUAAUGAUUGUCAUGUUGAAAUUAUAUUUUUGCAAAUACAUGGGGGCUUAGAAUAUAUCAUGGCAGCUAAAUGGAAUUUCAUGUUGAAAUUAUUGUAGGCUUUUAAAAUUGCUAUUAGUUUUUAUUAUUAUUAGAUUUGUUUCAAACUUUAUACGUACUAUAAAAUAUAUUAUUUUGAUUUGGAUAUCCACUUCCAAAUUUUCUACUAUAUGGAUUUGUUGAAUCCAAGAUUUUAAUUUGACUAUCCUAGAUAUUCAAAAUUUUUGGAAUAAGUCGGAUCGGCUAAGAUCACAGAUCUCGGAAAAUUUAUUUAACCAUAAAAUGAUGAUAUGAUAUAUAUGUGAUAGCUAAAUUUCGUAAAUUUUUAUCAGGAUGAGUUAUUUCUAGUGGUAAACGUUUGCGGCUGCAACUACUGUCACCAAUGUUCAAUUCGAACUGAGAGGGAUGUUUUAUGCCAUAAUUGGUAAUAUGGUAUUAGUGCUGGCUGGUUUUGGGUCUGGAAGAUUAUUUUGGCAGAAGAUCUAAACACCUUCUAGUAUACAAAAAAAUAGAAAAGAAAAUUAGUUAUAUUUGAUGUAUAUAAGAGAAAUUAGAACAAUGCAAUAAAUAAUAUUGAAAGCUAAAUUAUCAAAAA